AUGCAAUUGAGAACAAAUGGCCGAAAGAAAAGAAAAAAAUGUACUUAUACGCAUGAAUACAUGGCUGAUGCAAUACCUAGAAAAAAAACCCUUUUUCUUAUAUUCAACGUCAAGAAGUGCAUCGUUCGAGAGUGUAUAUAUAAACGAUACAGACGAACAAGCACACAUUAUUUCUCAUACAAGUGCUGUUGGUCAUCGGCAGCGUCUCGUAUUCAAGCGUCGUUCGUUGUAUUUGUUAUACUCAUAUUUAUAUUAAAUUCAACAUCGAAGAAACAAACUCGUUUGGGUCCACCGAUUUUAUUACACAUUCGUGUUCAAUACUAUUCUCCUACUUACUUCGUCCUAUCUGAAUUUAUGUAUUACUGGAGUUUUCUAACAAUUUCUAUUUCUACUGAUCAUGUUAUCGAAACAUCGCUGGCUGAACAACCCGAACCAGCUAUUGAAUCAGCAAAUGAUAAUUUUCAUAUGUAUUCUCGCGAUGAUUUAUUUCUUCGUUUCCAAACAAAUCAAACUACUGGCUUAUUCACCGAUCAAAUUCUUCAAUUCGUAAAACAAUAUGGUGAAAAUAAAUUGACCCCACCUAAAAAACCGAAUUACAUUUGGAUAUUUUUCUCUCAAUUAUUAACUGGCUUUAAUAUCUUCUUAUGGGUCGCAGCGAUAUUUGCUUUUCUUGCUUGGAAACCAUUUGGCGAACCUGAUCCUCAAAUAGCCAAUUUGGCGCUGGGCAUUCUCUUGUGUUUGAUUAUCUUUCUCAAUGGUAUUCUCGAUUCAUAUCAAGUUAUUAAAUCAAUCAAAAUUGUAGCCUCGUUCGCCAAUCUCCUUCCAACGUUAACAACUGUGCGACGUGAUGGUGUUGAACAACAGAUUAUUGCAGAGAAACUCGUUCCAGGUGAUAUUGUACUCAUUCGAAUGGGAGAAAAACUUCCAGCUGAUUUACGUCUGAUCAGUUGCGAUGGCUUAAAGGUGAACAAUGCGAAUUUAACCGGCGAAUCGAAAGCAGUUUCGUGUACAACUGAAUGCACGCAUACAAUAAUGCUAGAAUCGAAAAAUAUUGUUUAUUGUUCUUCAAUGGUUGAACAGGGUACUGGAGAAGGUCUUGUUAUUGCUACUGGAGAUCAAACAAUGAUUGGUCGCAUGUCGAAAUUGACGCAAGGAAAUGGUGGAGAUGAAGUCACAGGACUUCAUCGCGAAUUCAAUCGUUUUCUGUUGUUCGUUUGUGUUGGCACGGUCAUUGCCGUCGCAAUCCUAUGGAUAACUUGGGGCGCUUGGCUUCAACGAGAUCAUCCCACGUUUGUUACUUACAACAAUAAUAUUGUAAAUUCCGUUGGCAUGAUCGUUGCUUUUCUUCCUGUUGGUCUUCCAUCAUGUGUGACAUUUGUAUUGACUAUUGUGGCGAAACGAAUGUAUCGACAGAAAGUUCUUGUCAAAAGUCUUCAAAUCGUCGAAACUUUCAAUUCGGUUUCGGUCAUCGCAACAGACAAAACAGGAACUUUAACACAAAACCAGAUGACAGUUACACAUCUGCUUUGGGAUCUAGACAAGACAUUAGCUCUUCCAAGUAUCCACUCGAACGAAUCAUCGUCUUCUCAACAACCGAAUCCUUCCGAUCGAAAUACGCUGGAAAUGAUCGAACGUCGAGCAUCACGUACAACCAAUGUAUCGAUUGAUGUUAUUCAUGACCUCUUACUUGGUGCCUGUUUAUGUAAUAAUGCUGAAGUACAACUUGUUGCCAAUGUUGAACUUGGUGGUAAUACAGCUGACAUGGUACGUGAAACGAAGAUUGUUGGAGAUGCUGCUGAUACUGCUCUGUACAAUAUGUGUAGUCGUGCUUGUCAGAUUGAUAUGAUAGAAACACGUUCGAAAAAUCGCCGUUUACAAGUUCUUCCAUUUAAUUCUAACAUGAAACUGAUGAUCUCAGCGAACAAACUAGAAAACUCUCCAUCGAUGGUUUUGAUCCUGAUGAAAGGUGCGCCUGAUUAUGUUAUUCAACGCUGUUCCACGUACAAAACAAACCAGGGCGAUGUGGAAUUAUUAACCAAUGAGAUUCGGCAGAUGAUUGUCAAACGACAAGAAAUCUUUGGAAAAGAUGGCUAUCGACUUAUUGCCCUAUGUCAACGAAGUCUUGGGGAAAACGAAUUCAAUGAAUAUGUCAACGAAAACCACUCCGAUCAUUUACAUGGAUUUCCAUCGGAUAACUAUACUUUCAUUGGCCUAUAUGCACUAAUCGAUCCUCCACGAGAUGAAGUUCCAGAUGCUGUUUUGAAAGCUCGUCAUGCUGGUAUUCGAGUAGCUAUGGUCACUGGGGACCAUCCAACGACGGCAAGAUCAAUUGCUAAUCAAGUGAAUAUACUGUCGUCGGAAAUCUCGCUCAAUAACGGUAUUGAUACAUUUCAAUCGACAAAAGAUCAAAGUGGUAAAAUUAUCGUUGAUCUUUAUCGAAAUGAUAAUUUAUUAGAGAAACAUGAAGUUGCUCACAUAACAAAACUUGACUUGGAUAUCAGAGAACGCAAUCAUUCCGAUGGGAAGAAACUUUCCUGGUACAAACGAAUGAUUGGUGCAUGUAAAAAUAAUUUUUCGGAUCCAACCAGUGGAAAUGCAAAUGAAGGUGUCAAUCGAAUGAAUUAUGUACCGUAUGGUGUUGUUGUGACGGGACGUGAAAUCGAAAAUAUGGAUGAUUAUAUGUGGGAUUGGGUUUUAUUGCAUCAAGAGAUCGUCUUUGCUAGAACAUCACCGGAACAGAAACUUAGCAUUGUGACAGAAUUUCAACGUCGUGGAGAAGUUGUUGCCGUAACUGGCGACGGAACAAACGAUGCGCUUCCAUUAAAAUAUGCUCAUCUUGGUGUAGCCAUGCAAUCGGGUACGGAUAUUUCAAAAGAUGCUGGUGAUAUGAUAUUACUUGAUAAUAAUUUUUCAUCGAUUAUCCGAGCUAUUGAAACCGGUCGAUUAGUUAGUGACAAUCUUAAAAAAGUUGCGAUACAUUUGCUCCCGGGAGGAUCAUGGUCACAAAUAUGGCCGAUAUUUUUCAAUUUAUGGUUUGGUAUGCCGUUGGCAUUGUCAGCUUUUCUAGCAAUCACGUUCUGUAUGAUCAACGAUGUAUUUCUUUCAUUAGCGAUGGCAAAUGAAAAACCCGAACGUGACAUUAUGGCACGUCCACCAUCAAUUCGUUCGAAAGAUCGAAUGCUUAAUCUACGUUUAUUAUUCCAUGCAUUCAUGCUUGCUGGCAAUGCUGCCACAUUCGUCGGAUUUUUCAGUUACUGCUACUAUUGGAUUGAUAAUGGGGUGCCAUUUUAUUCGUUUAUGUUUACAUUUGAACACUUCGGUAAAGAUCUUCCUCUUCCACAAUCACCGGAAGAGCUACGACGAAUGACAUCAGCUGCUCAGAGCGCUUACUAUUGUUCGACAUGCGUUUUUCAAAUGAUAAAUUUUUUUGCUACGAGAACACGUUAUGCAUCGAUCAUUCAACACAAUCCAUUCUGGGGUCAAAGUCGAAAUUGGUACGUCUUCUUGGCUAUUAUUGGGUCGACAGGCGUUCAACUUCUUGUUACGCGUAUUGUCUGGUUCAACAAUACAUUUCAAACUCAGCCUAUACCUGUGAAAUACAUCGCGCCCACGAUUGGUUUUGGUAUACUUUGGCUUCUUAUUGAUGAAUUAAGGAAAUUAUGUGUACGCAAAUGA